GCUAUUGUAAACAGACUGUCCAGGAUCCAGGUGAAGUGAGGACCUGCUGACCCAGAACUAGUUCUACACAGAAGGAGGAUUACAGGACAGAAGCAGAGAACUUUCUAUUUUCACAUUUCUUCUAUCCCUUUGAGCAUCAUGGAGGGCUGUUUAAAUGGACACUGAUAUGGAUUACGAAAGGCCCAACGUUGAAACCAUAAAGUGCGUGGUGGUGGGAGAUAACGCAGUGGGGAAGACUCGUCUGAUCUGCGCAAGAGCAUGUAAUACCACCUUAACGCAGUACCAGCUGCUGGCCACUCACGUCCCUACAGUAUGGGCAAUAGAUCAGUAUCGAGUCUGCCAGGAGGUCCUUGAACGCUCUCGGGAUGUUGUAGAUGAAGUGAGCGUCUCUCUUAGGCUAUGGGACACGUUUGGCGAUCACCACAAGGACAGACGCUUUGCUUACGGAAGGUCCGACGUUGUUGUCUUGUGCUUUUCGAUCGCCAAUCCCAACUCCUUGAACCACGUGAAAACCAUGUGGGCUCAGGAAAUAAAGCAUUUCUGUCCACGUACACCGGUUAUUCUGGUUGGGUGCCAGCUGGACCUGCGAUAUGCCGACCUCGAAGCUGUCAAUCGGGCAAGGCGCCCAUUAGCCAGGCCUAUAAAAAGAGGAGAUAUUUUGCCACCAGAAAGAGGGCGGGAAGUGGCCAAGGAGCUGGGGAUACCCUACUAUGAAACAAGCGUAUUUGACCAGUUCGGCAUUAAGGAUGUAUUUGACAAUGCCAUCAGGGCGGCAUUAAUUUCAAGACGGCACCUCCAGUUUUGGAAAUCUCAUCUGAAGAAGGUUCAGAGACCCUUUCUACAAGCUCCGUUCCUUCCCCCUAAAGCCCCGCCGCCAGUUAUUAAAAUCCCUGAGACCCCUUCUGCCAGUAUGAACGAUGCCGGUGACUUGCUGGACAAUCCUUUGUGUUCUGAUGUCUUAUUUGUUCUGCAGGACCAAAAAAAGAUUUUUGCUCAUAAAAUUUACCUUGCUACCUCCUCUUCAAAGUUCUACGAUCUCUUUUUAAUGGAACACGAAGAGUCCCGCCAUUCUGUCGACAGGUACUGCAAGAAGCUCAAUAAGGACUUGCUCAUGAGGACCUUAAGCCUAGAUACUAAUGAGGACGGCGACGCGGCUAAUUUGAAACCGGCAAAUUCCUGUCUACGGACAUCAAGGAGCGAUGACACUUUGCUUACAACGGACUUUGGGGAGAACGGGUGCGUUUCUUUGUCCUCUUGGAGUAAAGGGUUCCACAGCUUGCACCAAGAGGUGACUGUCAAUCCCGUAUCAAACAGAACUUGUCCAAUGACUGUCAUACGAAUGGAUUCCUCUAUUCAGUAUGGGCCUUUCAAAACUGUCCUCCGUUUCCUUUAUACGGGGCAGCUGGACGAAAAUGAAAAGGGUUUAAUGCGAGUGGCACAGAUUGCGGAGAUCCUGGAAGUCUUCGACCUGCGCAUGAUGGUGGAAAAUAUUACAAAUAAAGAAGCUUUUAUGAACCAGGAGAUCACAAAAGCAUUCCAUGUCCGAAAAGCUAAUAGAAUAAAGGAGUGUCUUUCCAAAGCAACCUUUUCUGAUGUGACGUUUAAGUUGGACGACGGCAGCAUCAGCGCCCAUAAACCAAUUCUAAUCUGCAGUUGCGAAUGGAUGUCCGCCAUGUUCAGGGGGUCGUUUAUAGAGAGUGCGAGUAAUGAGGUCGAUCUUCCCAAUGUGAGCAAAGCAUCAAUGCAAGCUGUACUCGAUUACCUAUAUACCAAGCAGCUGACUUCCACCCCUGAAAUGGACCCCCUUGAGCUGAUCGCAGUGGCCAACAGAUUGUGCCUUCCUCACCUUGUGGCACUUACAGAACAACACGCUGUCCAGGAACUGACCAAGGCUGCGGUCGGCGGCAUUGAUAUCGACUAUGAAGUGCUCACUUACCUGGAACUUGCUCAGUUCCACAAUGCGCAUCAGUUGGCAGCCUGGUGUUUGCAUCAUAUUUGCACCAAUUACAACAGUGUUUGCGCCAAGUUCCGCAAAGAGAUAAAAGUGAAAUCGCCAGAAAAUCAGGAAUAUUUCGAGAGACACCGCUGGCCCCCCGUAUGGUACCUGAAAGAAGAAGACCACUACCAACGGGUGAAGAAAGAAAGGGAGAAGGAAGAUCACGCGCUGCAUAAACAUCGUUCCAAACGCAAGUGGUUCUUCUGGAACUCCUCUUCGGCUGCGUUUGCCUGAGCGAGAACAUUCUUGCAGACUCCAGACGGACGCUUGUAUAUCGUUCCCGUGUCUUAAACACUCAGAACAACGCUGUACAAUAAUUUUAGGUUUCAAGCACUGAUUCAAACCCACGCGUGCAUUUACCGUCUGCGAAUCAAAGCACAAUUUCCAGUCAACGGAUCACAACCUGCUCGGAUGAUCUGGACUGCGGACUUCCUGUUAAUUGAAGAGCGAGUUUUCCGAAAUCACCCGCGGCUACUUCAAGUAUACGCAACACUAAUACAGGGAUACCUAACGCAGGAGGAAGGACUCCCGAUGUAACAUAAACCUCCGACAAAAGCCAAUACAACAAUCCGUGCUCUCCCACUGGGCGCAAACUCUGCUCCAACUGUUUCGACUGUGUACGGAUCAAAGUCCAUUGUGACGUCCAACAGUAUUGUCUUAGCCAUGGAAAGGUCGACAAUCAUGUUUAACAACUGCGUGCGUUAUGUUACAGAGUAAAAAUCAGCAAAUUGUUACAUUCAGGUACUUUAUUCUGCACUGUUGGGGUGCAAGCUAUUUUGGAUGCAACUCAAUGCAGGGGGCACCUUUUGUAUCGUGGAUGUCAAACCACUCCGCUAUAACUCCCAGCACUCUUGUCAACUACCACUCCCAGCAUUCUUAGCUCACAGCUUUAAGAGGGUGCGGAGAAUCUAUAGCUCACUACAGCAGGUUUGGGUCAUAUUCUUAUUUAUUCUAAAUCUGUAAUCCGCAAUCUGUCAUGUUUCAUAGUAUAAUAAUAAUCUAAAAAAUAUUUAUUUAAGUCUUAAUCAUUGGGUGAAAGAGAAACUGCAUGGUGGGUGCAGCCUAAAUUGUUUCUCUGAAUUCAAAACUGGUUUAAAGGGCAACUGUCAUAGUGAGAAAAGUUCACUAAUUGAAAGCGGAUGUUAAAUAAAUCUGUUUUAUAUUCGGUAGCAAUAUAAUUCCUGUCCCAGAUAACAGGAACUGUGGUUGCACCACGUAAAGAUUUGGAUAUAAAGAAACACAAAAUAUUCAAAUAACGGAUUUACUAAACAUCCUUGAAGGGGGCAUUAUGACCGUUCCCCUUUAAAGGGGAAAUAUAACCUGUUUGUUUAGUAUGGGGUUUGUGCUGAAAAUACUUUUUUUAAUUGUUAUAUUUUGCACUAAACAGGGCUAACUGGGGGUGCUUUCACAACUUCCUGGUUCUUAAGAGCAAUUAUGGGAGGAGCAGGCAGUUACGUUAAUUAACAGCUUCUUAUCUGUAAACCUAAAACCUUGACUGCAGACAGGGGAAGGGACUUGUUUAUACAGAGCUCAUUAUCUGUCAAACGCUGGUUGCAGGGGAGGUAGUAAAAACAGUAAAGGCAAAACUAUAAGCUUUAUAACAGAAACUAUUUAUUUAACAAAUGGCACUGUUUUAUCACGUGACUCGGCGUGUAGUGCCCCUUCUAAUGAAAUAUAUACUCUGCAACAUUAUUUUCCAGACAUUUUCAGUGCAAGCUGAGAUCUAAGCCCACUUCUCUGUGUGCUGUGCCUACUGUAGCUAGAUAGACAUAUACACAUUAGAAGGGCUGUAUUCACAGUGAUAUUCAGGGCAAAACUGUCUAAUGGACCCGACUUAUAGGAUAUCGAUGUGUUCCUCACUCCGAUACCUUUACUGCAUAUAUAUAUAUAUAUACAUAUAAACACGUCUGUCCUGUUGUACCGCCACAUGGUAAUUCCGUCAUCUUCCAUUGUGUAGCUAGUGGUCUACCUAGUCUUGUGCUCCAGGUUCCCGUUGUAUAAAAAUACAGCUGUCCGGUUUAGCCUUAGAAACACACUAUAGUGCAUAACAAACUUCCUAUCUAACAAAACACCCACAGCAGGAUAUGCAAAUGAACUUUCCCCCCUUCGGUCGUGUUACAUAAAUGCUCCCAAUCUGUCAGUAUUUCUCUGAAACAACCACAAAACUUCCUUCCACAGGGCGAAUGGCGUGACAAGUGGAAUCUCACUGUACAGUUUCUUAGAAGGCGUUUCCUGGGCCGAGCAGUCAUCAAAUGCAUAGAGAGUUGUUUUAUUAGACGAUUAGUGGUGUGGUUUAACAGUAUUCUUCUAUUAAAUGUGGCUGAGGUAGAGCGUUACCAGGUAGAACGUCCAAAUUGGAAAAUAUGGUAACAUUCACAAACAUAUAUGUAAACAUUUCCAACCUCUAUAAACUGAAACGUCUAUGGGCCUCACAUUGGCCCCACCUGAUAACAGUCCAUAACUAUAUAAGAUACUCAUAAUAGACCUAGAUUUAUCAUAUUUAACAAACCUCUGUAUUUGCCUGCAAACUGAUUGCUACUGUAAGUAGCCAUUUUUGUUUUGGAGAGGUCCACCCCCAAAGGUAUAAAUGCAUAAAAUGCAUGGGAAGGCAAAAUGUUGUCGUAGCAUCCUAGGUGGUGUCUGCAGGUUAAUCCUGUAGGUUGUCCCACUCUAACUCCAGCACUCUCCAUCAAUCAAAGGCUGUCACAGGUGCUGGGAGUUGUAAUUUAAUUAAAUUAAUUGUGCAUUAUCCCUAUUUAAGCCUUAUAUUAAAUAUACUUGGCUCUGCUGAAACCUUUACACGUAUAUUUUUGAAUGUUACUAGAGGGUGAUUGGAUAUCAACUAGGGAUGCACCGAAUUCAUUAUUUGGGAUUCGGCCGAAUCCUUCGUGAAAGAUUCAGCCGAAUCCUAAUUUGCAAAUUAGAGGCGGGAAAGGAAAAAGUGGAAAAAGAAUGUUUUACUUCCUUGUUUUAAGAUGAAAAGUCACAUAAUUUCGCUUCCCACACCUAAUUAAAUAUGCAAAUUAGGAUUCGGUUCGGCUGAAUCCGAAUCCUGCUGAAAAAGGCCGAAUCCCGAAUCGAAUCCUGGAUUCGGUGCACUCCUAAUAUCAACCAAUUUGUAUUAUACCCUAAAUCUGGAAUUAGCCUUAAGAAACAGUGGGGGUCAUUUAAAAACUUUGCGCAGGGCAGAUUGGUUCGCAAAGUGAAUAUAUUGGUUAUAUUUAUAAAGCUGAAUAAGAAGGUGCAAAGAAAACUGCGAAAUCUUUUUUCACAAUGCGAAUGUCAAUAGCAGCUUUUUAAAUAUGUCACAAUUCGCAAAUUGCGAAUAUUUAUGCGCACACUCUGCGACUCAAUUACGCCACAACUUUGGUGGCGGAUAAAAUAUUCGCAAAACAGUUUCGCAAACUGCGCAUUUAAGUUACUGUCAACGCUAUUUUCGCGCACAACAAUCGCGCAAACUCCCGUCUCAUUUUGGCGCCAUUUAAUCACCCUGCGAAUUUGCAAAAACCGGAAAGACGGGCAGAGCAGUGCAAUAUGUUAGCGUUCAGGAAAAAACAUGCGCAAUACAACGAUUUGUGAAAAAUUUGCGCUGCGCCGAACUUUAUAAAUGACCCCCAGUGUCUCCUGUCUGAGUAUUAUUACCUUUGAUUCAGAAAAUAAAUGGGGUAAUUAAAAAAAAAAAUUCUUCUUACAAAGGGUCAAUUUUUUUAUAUGGUUUUGUUUCUCCAGUACAGAGUCGCCAACUGAUGCUUUUUAUAAAUAUAGCGUAUUAAAUAUGAUUCAUGGUGUCCGGUCUUGACGAGUUUCCUGUUCCUGUUCAGAUGAACAGGAAAUAUUUUAGUUGAAUUCACACUCGUAAUAUAUUUGCUGCUAUUGUGUAUGUAUAAAAAGAAAUCGUUUGCACACUUAAGGUUUUCCGAGACGGAGACCCUAAAUACUUUAAAGGUAACUAAGGCUAACAUUGAUGUGGGUAUAUAUUUAUACAUGGAUUCCUUUUUAAAUCCUCAGACAUCUUUUAAAAAUAUAAUAAUUUGUAUAUAUCAAAGAAUGGUCCUGCAACAGUGAUGCUGGAUUUUUAUUGCAUGGUAAUGCAUUUCUUAUUCUCAAAAAUAGCAAACUUAAAGGGAUAGUUCAUGUUAAAAAAAAAUGUUGGCAGCAUGUAGACACUGAUAUUCUGAGACAAUUUGCAAAUGGUCUUCAUUUUAUAUUUUUUGCGGUUUUUGAAUUAUUUCAUUCUGUUUAAGCAGCUCUCCCCUUUUGAAGUUCAGCCAUUUUUCUGGUGGCUAGGGUCAUAUUGAAAGUGCAAAAUGGAAAGUGGUGCUGAAGAGCAAGUAACAGAGAGCAACAAUAAAUCUGGAGCCUAACUUGCCAUUCUGGCUAAGUCAUAGGCUGGACAGUUUGGUAGGAAGCUUGAUCGGUUUUCUAGAACACUACCUAGGAUCUAAGGAUUAGAUAGACCCGUUAAAUUUCAAGAAAAGUCACAGCAAUGGCUAAAAAUUUUCUUUUUCUUUUUCUUUACCCUUUUUGGAGGUUAAGUAAUAAUUCUGAAAAUCGACAAUGUCGAAGAUGUACAUCGUUUCUAUACUGUAGGAAGUCAUAAGGGGUUAUUUACUAAACUCCGAAUGCAAAUAUCUCAAAUUUGUAAUAUUUUUUUUUAUAUAAAAUCGGAGUUUUAAAAAAACACGAAUUUGUCGGAAUUUAUUAAACCCCGAGGAUGGAAAUGUCCAAAUCAGAAAAUACGGCAUUUAAGACCUGUCGAGGUUGCGUAUAAGUCAGUGGGAGAAGUCCCAAUGAUUUUUGGGGUUUCGUGCAAUACCCUGAAGUUUUCAGGCAAAAAACAUAAGAAAUCUGAGUUUUCCGAUGAAAAAUCAAAAAAAAAAAACCGUGGAAAUUAUAUUUUUUUUCCCAGAAAAGCAAAUUUUCUGGAAAAUGUGAUAAUAAAUAAGCUUAAAAAAAACCUGAGCGAAUUUGAUCGAAGUUUGCAGCAGAAAAUGUUGAGAGAAAAUCGGUCUGUGAUAAAUUACCCCCUUAGUGUCCUCUUUAACGGUCAACAGGACGCACUUUUAGCAUCACAGGACCCAUUGGGGGGAUCUAUGGGAUUAGAAUAUAGUCACAUGACCAAGGCCUGAAAUAGUGAACACUCUAAUCUUCAGUCCAGUUGGGCUGUUACCAUUCUUUGAUAAAUACAAGUGUUUAUUUGCUGCAGGAACACUCUGAUGGUACUAAAGCUAACCUCUAGCCUAGUUUUAAUAAGCAGCCAUUUAUGUAGAACCCCCGGUGUGGUAGAUCCAGAACAAGUUCAUGCUGACGGCCGUGUACCUUUUUCUGUUCUUCAGGUUCUCAGCAGGGUUCCUCCUUGGCAAUGCCGAUAACAUUUCGCAUUGUGGAGACAAGGUGCUAUAAAACAUACCAGCAACAAUAACCCACUAUAUGGCACUUCACAUAACUCAAAAAGGUAGAUGGUGUCAGCUAUUGUCUGGUGACUUCAUAUCCGUACAAAAAAAAACCCUAGUUUUAGGCAAAAAGGGCGAUUGCAGGACCAGGCUGAAAUCAAUGAGAUUCUAAUGUCUACGUUGGCCCUUGUGGAAUUAACAGUUGUCCGUUUAACACAACCAAAGUUCUGAUUGCAAACUUGCCAAAAUGUGACCACACAUACCGAUGCACCUGGGGUAUAUGCAAUAAUAACCAGUUGUAAUAUUAAUGUCAGUUGUGUAACCAAGUGGCUGGUUCAUUUGGUUCAUUCAGCCUAUGGCCUUUAUCUUUGUGGUUAUUUUAUGUUUUUUAUUUGCAAAAAAAAAAAAAUGAAAGAAAAUGUCAAUAAACCUCUUUUUAAUUAUUA